AUGGCCCGUAACAUACCUCACCAAAGACAGCGGGCUUUGUCAACAUCUGGGGAAGCUUUGUAUGAAAUCCUUGGUCUGCAUAAAGGAGCAUCAAAUGAAGAAAUUAAAAAAACCUAUAGAAAAUUGGCCUUGAAAUACCAUCCAGACAAGAAUCCUGAUGAUCCAGCUGCGGCCGAAAAGUUUAAAGAAAUCAACAAUGCCCACACAAUACUUACAGACAUGUCCAAGAGAAGCAUAUAUGACAAGUACGGAUCACUGGGACUCUAUGUGGCUGAGCAAUUUGGAGAUGAAAAUGUUAAUACCUACUUCAUGCUUUCAAGCUGGUGGGCAAAGACCCUGUUUGUAAUCAUUGGCCUCUUGACUGGCUGCUACUUCUGCUGCUGUCUAUGCUGCUGUUGCAAUUGCUGCUGUGGACACUGCCGUCCCAAAUCAUCAGUGCCAGAAGAGGAAUGCUAUGUGUCCCCAGAAGAUCUUGAGGAGCAAAUCAAGACCGACAUGGAAAAAGAUGCGGACUUUCCGAUUGUUCUCCAGCCUACUCAUGCAAAUGAGAAAACACAGCUAAUCAGAGAAGGACCUCGAAAUUAUUGCACAGACUCUUAA